ACGCGCGGUACCAUGGUUUCCACUCCGAAGGUACAUUUUGAACCUAGUCGCUCGACUUGAAGUGCAGAAGUGCGGUAAAAAAGAAAAUUACCACGUUACCGAAUCGAUUCGAGUAAAGGAAAGAAAAGAAAAAGGAAGAUGAUGACGCCAUGGCUGAUGGCUGUCUUCUGCCUGGUGACAGCUGGCUGUACGAACGUCACCGAUCAGCAGACUUCAGGGACGAAUCACGAUCAGCAAGUGGCGAUCCUCAAGCAGAUACGUAAAGUUAACGAGGACGGUUCCUACACGUUUGGCUAUGAGGCUGGAGACGGGUCCUUCAAGGUCGAGAGCCGUGACGUUUUAGGUAACAUCAAGGGCACUUUCGGUUUCGUGGACGCCGAAGGUGAAAUUAAGAGGGUCUCCUACUCGUCGACGAACGGCACGGGAUUUAAAGCUACCACGGUCUCGCCAUUGCAGGAACACGUUUCCGUCGUCCAGAGUAUACCCCGAGCCAAUAGGAGCUCUACCACGAGAAAACCAAGCGUCGUGUACGCGACGGAAGCUUCGACCAGGUCCUCGGUAGUACAGUCCAUACCAAGAACGAGAAAAACUACGACGACGUCCACCACGACGACGUCUACGACUACCGAAAGGCCAAGAGCUAUUUUUGGUCACUACAUAAAAGCCACCCCUAAGACCAGACCACGUUUCGUCAUAAACGGACAGCAGAGACCCAUCGCCGUCGAGGAAGAGGUCGAGGACGAGGACUCUCAAAUCAACAGACCCAGCACCGAGGACAAGGACCCGACUUACAGGAGAGUCGUCUAUGCCAAAAGACCCGUCGAUCAUAAUCUUCGGCCGAUCACCGAGGAAUUUGAGGAAAAGGAUGACGACAUCAAGAUCCCUACUGGGAACACGUUGCGUCGUCAGUUGCACGAGGAGACUACCAAGGCGAAUUCGCCUGCCGAAGCGAACGAGGAUCAUGCCGACGUUUACGGAGGUGCACUUUCAACCACGAGACCAUUAUUCACGACGACCACACCGCCUCGUGUCGUUCAGAGAUUGUCUGGCGUCCGCGUGGAACGACCCAAGACGAUUUACGUAAAUCAAGAUAAUUUGGGACCGGCGAGAUUUGAAAAUAGCAAGUACGACUCGCCGCGAGUUUACGAGUCCGAGACGAAAGCUGCGCAAGAGGAACGGCAUCCGCAGGAGAUAUUAAUUCGGCCAGGUCAGAGGGUGCAAAAUGAGAAUAGGGAUUACGUAAGGCAGAAUUCAGAACCAGUCUACGUCAGGCAGCAGUCUGAGCAGUACCUAAGGGAACUACCGCCCAACGGGAUACUCGUGCAGGCUGGUCAAUCCAAUCUGGAUGAUGAUCCUGGGUUCAGACCCAUUCCGGUCGGUAGGGUACUGUACAGAGCACUGGCAAGUCAACCACCGGGGUACUCGACUACGACUGAUUCAAAUAUUCAUUAUUUGACUGAAAGUAAUAAUCAGGAAAACGCGGAAGGUACCAGAGUCCCGAUAAGUCCCAGUUACGUACGCCAACGUCCAUUCGCACGACCCGUUCCCUAUCACGAUCAAGAGUCCCGGCCAAGACCCAUUCUAAGACCCAUUCCGACACCGGUCGAUGAUCGGGAUUAUCAUCAGACAGUCACGCCUGAUUAUCCAUACAGAUCCAGUACCAUCGCACUUCCGCCGGAACCACCUAAUCCUAUUUCCCCGCCGCUCAGUCGUCGCGACUUUCAAAUGCUCCUGAGGCGACUGUUGGUCAGUCAAUAUGGCACUCAGGCACUGACCUAUCCCAAGACGUAUCUGGAGGAUGCUCUGUACGAUCAGCAACCUUAUCCGUCUUAUCAACCUGCUUAUCAAACGCCUGUUCCCAGACAGGAACUUUCCUACGAUCAGUCAUCGGGUGCUGUUCAGUACGGCGAUCGGGUCGCGCUCAGACGACCCGGAUUCUCCAGGGCUAUCAAUCCUUUGUAUCAGGGUAAUCAGUACGAGGACUAUCAGGAUCCUAGAUACUCGAAGCGUGUCUAUCGUCAGAAAUUUUACACCCAGGAGGUUCAGGACGACGGGGAUGAAAUUCUGCCGCCCCCUAUUAGAGAGGCUUUGUUAUUAAGAAUGCUGCAACUGGCUAUCAAUUCCGAUCGGCCUACCUUACCGACCGUGAUGAUGUCUACUACCACGCCUACGUCUAAGUACAGAAAAUCUGGACCAGUCAGGAGCGUGCAAAUUAUCACUGAUGACAACGACGAUGACAAGGACGUGUUCGGCAAGAAGAUGUAAGCGCCGUUCACGUGACAGAUCAUAUAGAUUCCUCAGCAGUAUGCUGUCAUACGUAAUAAUUUUUUAAUUAAAAAAUUAUACGUACGAAAUUUUUCGAUAUAAUCAAUGAUACAGUAAUUUUAUGCAAAACUAUAUUUUUGUAGUAAUUUUUGUGGUAAUUAUUUAUAUUCCGCUUAUUCAUGAAGAAUUUUUAUAUGCGCACUCACGAAACGGUACAGUACACGUCGAAAGGAAAAUCUUAGCAUGCAAUGGAGUUUACCAAAAAAUAAGCAUAUAGAUUAACGAGUGCUUCUCGCACUAUACCAGAAAUAUGUAAUAGUGACAUUUUUUUGUAAAUAGCACACAUUCGCUCAGGCGGCACUAGUGUAAUAUACGCAUUAUGAAGUUAUUAAAAUAAAAGAAGAAAAAAAGGGGGAGGAAAAAAACGACAGAUAAA